CCUGGCCUGUGUGUCCUCCCUCAGGUGUGUUCCUUAUUCCCUACAUCCUGAUCGCCCUGAUUGGAGGAAUCCCCAUUUUCUUCUUGGAGAUCUCACUGGGCCAGUUCAUGAAGGCCGGCAGCAUCAACGUCUGGAACAUCUGCCCCCUGUUCAAAGGCCUGGGCUACGCCUCCAUGGUGAUCGUCUUCUAUUGCAACACCUACUACAUCAUGGUGCUGGCCUGGGGCUUCUACUACCUGGUGAAGUCCUUCACCACCACGCUGCCCUGGGCCACGUGCGGCCAUACCUGGAACACUCCCGACUGUGUGGAGAUCUUCCACCACGAAGACUGUGCCAAUGCCAGCCUGGCCAACCUCACAUGUGACCAGCUUGCUGACCGCCGGUCCCCUGUCAUCGAGUUCUGGGAGAACAAAGUCUUGCGGAUCUCCAGGGGACUGGAGGUGCCAGGUGCCCUCAACUGGGAGGUGACCUUGUGUCUGCUGGCCUGCUGGGUGCUGGUCUACUUCUGUGUCUGGAAGGGGGUCAAGUCAACAGGAAAGAUCGUGUACUUCACCGCUACGUUCCCCUACGUGGUCCUCGUGGUGCUGCUGGUACGUGGAGUGCUGUUGCCUGGCGCCUUGGAUGGCAUCAUCUACUAUCUCAAGCCUGACUGGUCGAAGCUGGGGUCCCCUCAGGUAUGGAUAGAUGCUGGGACCCAGAUUUUCUUCUCUUAUGCCAUUGGCCUAGGGGCCCUCACAGCCCUCGGCAGCUACAAUCGUUUCAACAACAACUGCUACAAGGACGCCAUCAUCCUUGCACUCAUCAACAGCGGGACCAGCUUCUUCGCUGGCUUCGUGGUCUUCUCCAUCCUGGGCUUCAUGGCUGCAGAGCAGGGCGUGCACAUCUCCAAGGUGGCAGAGUCAGGGCCUGGCCUGGCCUUCAUCGCUUACCCCCGGGCCGUCACGCUGAUGCCCGUGGCCCCGCUCUGGGCUGCCCUGUUCUUCUUCAUGCUGCUGCUGCUGGGCCUUGACAGCCAGUUUGUAGGUGUAGAAGGCUUCAUCACAGGCCUGCUGGACCUCCUCCCGCCCUCCUACUACUUCCGUUUCCAAAGGGAGAUCUCUGUGGCCCUCUGCUGCGCUCUCUGCUUUGUCAUCGACCUCUCCAUGGUGACUGAUGGCGGGAUGUACGUCUUCCAGCUGUUUGACUACUACUCGGCCAGUGGCAUGACCCUGCUCUGGCAGGCCUUCUGGGAGUGCGUGGUGGUCGCCUGGGUAUACGGAGCUGACCGCUUCAUGGAUGACGUGGCCUGCAUGAUUGGGUACCGGCCUUGCCCCUGGAUGAAAUGGUGCUGGUCCUUCUUCACCCCACUGGUCUGCAUGGGCAUCUUUAUCUUCAAUGCUGUGUACUUCAAGCCACUGGUCUACAACAACACCUACGUGUACCCAUGGUGGGGCGAGGCCAUGGGUUGGGGCCUGGCGCUCUCCUCCAUGCUGUGUGUGCCCCUCCACGUGCUGGGCCGCCUCCUCACGGCCAAGGGGACCAUGGCUGAGCGCUGGCAGCACCUGACGCAGCCUGUCUGGGGCCUCCACCACUUGGAGUACAGAGCUCAGGACUUGGAGGUCAGGGGCCUGACCACCCUGACCCCAGUGGCUGAGAGCAGCAAGGUGGUGGUGGUAGAGAGCGUCAUGUGACAGGGCCGGCUCCCAGUGCCAGCUCUCCCUCUUGUAGCCAUAGCAGCCCCUGCUUUAGCGCCUCCAACCCCUCCAGGGGGCUUGCCUUUCCCUGACACUUCUGGGGUCUGCCUGGGGGGGAGGGGAGGAAGCACCAUGAGUGCUUGUAACUAAAAUAACUUUUUCCAUUUUUAAUAAAAUGCCAAAAAUACCACAACCCACCAAAAAUAGAUGCCUCCCCCCACCAACCAAGCUGGUGCCCACGCUGCUUCCCAGGCCCUGCUGCCUGCCCUCCCCCUAGUGCCUGCUGCCUGUCCAGGCUCUGCCCAACACACCCGUGGGUGGCUCCUCACUCCAGAGGCAGCAGUGGCAGCUUAGGGAACAGAACGGGAAAGGGGAGGGAGGAGAGAGAGGGACAGCGGAACCACAGUGAGUAUUUCAACUGGGCUAGACCCCUCUCCCAUCCCUAAUCUAGAAGCUUAGAGAGCCAGCCAGCAAUGGGACCUUCUGGUUCCUGCGCCAAUUGCCACCAAUAUCAAUUGUGUGAGCUUGUGUAUGAGUGCAUGUGUGCGUGAGUAUGUAGGGCACAUAUAGAUCUCUAUCUCUUAGCAAAGGGGAAAACCAGGUGUACACUGUGCCUGUGGGCAAAUGAGGCUUGUAUUUUGCACAUUUUAUAAAAACUUGAGGAGAGAGAUUUCUGCUUGUAUAUUUCUAAAGAGAAAACAGCCCCGAGGUCCCUCUCCUUGCCACUCCCUGUCCUUUCAGCCCCUCCUUAAUUCCUCUGCCCCAGCCAAGGAGUGUGAAUUUAUAGAUCUAAUUUUCAUAGGCAAAACAAGAGCUUCAAGCUGUGCGAGUCUGUCGUGUGGGUAUGCAUGUGCGGUCCCCGGCCCCAGGCUGAGGUGGAAAAGUGCACAGUAGGGGCCUCGAGGGUGUCCCGCUACCCCUCUGCCCACAAGUCGUGGGGGUGAGUAGGUGUGGUGUUCUGUCCCAGGAAUCUGGGGCUGCUCACCUGGCAUGCUCAAGCUUACCCACCACACCCUGCCCCCAGGGCUGGGCUGGGCAGACUGCAGGGAUCUGAGGUGGGCACCAGCCAGGGAAGGGAUCCAGGCUUGGCUCCCGCCUGCGAGCUUAAAGCUGAUGCACUUUUCACGUCUCAAGUCUUCCACGUAGCAGCUUUACUUAACCCACGUCUGUGUCAUAUCUAAUCCCGGGACAGCCGAGUGGACCCUAGAAAGACUUCCCCCACACCCUGACAUCAGCUGGAGGGGAGGGACUAGGCGAGGGCGGGGGGCCAGCGGGGACAUUCUUACUGUGCUAAAAGCCACUGCAAACAUAGCAAUAAAAACAUGUCAUUUUCCAAA